GCGCCGGCCGAGUCAACGGCGGGGCGCACCUUGAUCGAGGUGAGGCCCGAGAGCGCAAGAAGGGCCCGCAGGGCGGAGCAGAAGGAGGAUCUGGAGCGCUCGGAGUGGUGGUCCUUGUCAGGCAACGCGAGGACUCUGAACAGGCCGGUCGUGGAGAGGAAGGAGCAGACCCAGGCACCGCCGCGGAUACGCACGGUUGGAGUUUGA